UGAUACAGACGGUGGCACCGAGAACAUAACAUCUCGUAGACCAUCAGACUUCUUCCGGAAGAAAUCCCUCGAGAUCGAAUAUCUUCUUAUCAUUUGAAGUUUCCGAGUCCAGUAAUGGCGACGGUGGGGUUGGAGACGAAGCAAGCGGAAUCAAUUAUGGCGGAGGAGACAUGCUCCGCCAAGGCUGCAGGGAAGCAAGGGGAGGGGCUGAGGCAGUACUAUCUACAACACAUUCAUGAGCUCCAGCUCCAGGUCCGACAAAAGACACACAAUCUCAAUCGUCUUGAAGCUCAGCGUAAUGAGCUCAAUUCCAGGGUGAGAAUGCUUAGGGAAGAAUUACAGCUGCUUCAGGAACCUGGUUCAUAUGUUGGUGAAGUUGUCAAAGUAAUGGGAAAAAAUAAGGUGUUAGUUAAGGUUCACCCAGAAGGCAAAUAUGUUGUUGAUAUUGAUAAAAAUAUUGAUAUCACAAAGAUCACACCAUCAACAAGGGUUGCCCUUCGUAAUGACAGCUAUGUUCUUCACUUGAUCUUGCCAAGCAAAGUGGAUCCAUUGGUCAACCUUAUGAAAGUUGAAAAGGUUCCAGAUUCUACAUAUGAUAUGAUUGGCGGUCUUGACCAACAAAUUAAGGAGAUAAAGGAGGUUAUUGAACUCCCAAUUAAACAUCCUGAAUUGUUUGAAAGUCUUGGAAUUGCUCAACCCAAGGGUGUUCUUCUGUAUGGGCCACCUGGUACUGGAAAGACACUUUUAGCUAGGGCUGUUGCACAUCAUACUGACUGUACUUUCAUUAGGGUUUCUGGCUCUGAAUUGGUUCAGAAAUACAUUGGUGAAGGCUCUAGGAUGGUCAGAGAACUCUUUGUCAUGGCAAGGGAACAUGCCCCAUCUAUCAUUUUCAUGGAUGAAAUUGACAGUAUCGGGUCUGCUAGAAUGGAAUCUGGGAGCGGAAAUGGUGACAGUGAGGUCCAGCGAACUAUGCUGGAGCUUCUCAAUCAGCUGGAUGGAUUUGAAGCAUCAAACAAGAUCAAGGUUUUGAUGGCAACUAAUCGAAUUGAUAUUCUGGAUCAAGCUCUCCUUAGACCUGGACGUAUUGACAGGAAAAUAGAAUUUCCAAAUCCUAAUGAAGAGUCACGUCUGGAUAUCUUAAAAAUCCAUUCAAGAAGAAUGAAUUUAAUGCGUGGGAUUGAUUUAAAGAAGAUUGCAGAAAAGAUGAAUGGCGCAUCUGGGGCAGAGCUCAAGGCUGUAUGCACGGAGGCAGGAAUGUUUGCUCUAAGGGAGAGGAGGGUCCACGUAACUCAGGAAGAUUUUGAGAUGGCAGUAGCAAAGGUCAUGAAGAAGGAGACAGAGAAGAACAUGUCAUUGCGGAAGCUUUGGAAAUAAAUGAAUUAAAUUCCCAUUGGGCAUGUGGAGAAUGUUUGCAGGACUCGUUAAUGCUGGUUGGCAAUCAUGCAUGUGCUUUUAUUCACAGGGUGAAUGGACCAGUAUUUAAGACAUCAUAAUCCUAGACGGGUUUCGUAAGACGGACAGUUUGUAUCCCCUGUUUUAAACAGAGGAUUUGGCCUGUGGAUUUUCUUUGUAAUCUUGGAAUCUUUUAUUCAUACCGAGUAUUACUUCUCUUGAUUUUCCA